AGUAGUUCUACCACUCAUAUUCAUCCAAAGAAAUAAUGGACUGAAAAAUAUAACACAAAGAGAGGAAGUUUCUUACAACAAGAUAGCUACCCUUACCUCCACUUGUGUUUGUAUAUUUGCCAAAACAAUUCUCUAAUUUCAUUUAAUAAUAUUGGGCCCUUGAAGUCCAAAUGUCACUCAUUUCCUUAGAAUAAAAACCCUCAAAAUAUUCGAUUUCGUAUUCUCUCUUCUCUCUAAAAAAGCCACCACCUUUAUUUUCCUCUCUUUCUCUCUCUUCUUUCUUCUUUCUUCUUUCUUCUUCUGCAUUCAGAGUUCAGUUUCUUUGUUUCUGCUUCAAAUUUCAGAUCUAAAAGAAUCAAAGAUACAAUCUUUAGAAAAUAAAAAUAAAAAAUGAAGAAAAUUGUGUUGAAAUUGGACUUGCAUGAUGACAAAGCGAAGCAAAAGGCUCUUAAGUCAGUCUCUACUCUUCCAGGGAUUGAUUCUAUUGCAAUGGACAUGAAAGAGCAGAAGUUAACUGUGAUUGGCACGGUGGAUCCAGUAAGCGUAGUAAGCAAACUGCGCAAAAACUGGCCAACCACGCACAUAGUUAUCGUAGGACCUGCAAAAGAGCCGGAGAAGGAGAAGAAGGAAGAACCAAAGAAGGAAGAGGAGAAGAAAGAAGGGGAAAAGAAAGAAGGGGAAAAGAAGGAAGAGCCUAAAAAAGAAGGGGAAAAGAAGGAAGAGCCUAAGAAAGAAGAGGGCAAAAAAGAGGAAGAAAAGAAGCCUGACCCCGUGCUCGACCUUGUCAUGGCUUAUAAGCAAUACAACCCUCAAAUGACUACACACUACUACGUUCAAAGCAUGGAAGAGAACCCGAAUGCUUGUACUAUUUGCUGAAAUAAACCCGUUGGCCUCUUUAUUUUCCGAGGUUGGACACCACAAGGGCAAAUGAUCCUUGAAGAAAGAAUGAUAUGUAAUCAAUAUAGUCAUUUGAUGACUGCUGCUUCUCUGAUCUAUUUUUCGGAAGUGAGUUAUGUGAUCGAUCAAGCAUGUAUAGCACGUUAAUUAAGUACGUACGAGUAAUAUUUUUGGUAGCGAUCUGAGCUAAUUAAGCUCAUUAGUAUUCUAAGCUAAGCUUGUUAAUUUUCUUAUCUAGCUGGACCGUCGAUCAUAUCAUUUUGUAUAUAAUUUUUCUUGGGGUAGUAUUUAAUUGUCAAAACAAUUUCUUUGGAUGUUAGUAAAGUGUAAGUUCGUUUAUUCAAUAAUAAAAAUUGCAUUCAGCAGUGUGUAUUUUAGGAAAAUCAA